UAAUUCAAUGAAGGUACGAAACUAAUCAUUUGAGGAAACUAAAUAGUGUGUGAAGCGCAUUUUUGUAGUUUUGCUUUCAUAAAUAUACUUUACCAAGGGCUUCAUCAGUAGUGUUAGCAUUUCACGUUUCAGUAUUUUGUGUGUCAUAACUUCCAUGCGUAUUACCUCAUUUAUUCGUUUUGGUCUCAUAGCGGUUGGCGUAACUGGUGCCGUCACUGGCAUUAACUAUAUCUACGGGAUCUAUUUUUCGGACGCUCGUGACAAAAACAACGAUCUGGUUCACCUAGCUGCCAUCAGCCUAUCAAGUGAGGUGGUCAAUCGAACUCUUUCUGAUUCGGAUUUUCGCCGUACCUUAUCUCAAUUUGGUAUAAAAUUGCUGCAGCACAAGGAUACGUUGAGGGCCCUCAAAACCUUUGCCAUCACAGAGUUUACCCAGGACACACCUACCAGGGCGGCCCUAAGGAGUUUUGCUGUCAAUGAUAUUAUUCGUGAUCCUUGGGUAAAGGAGGAGCUCAUUGAUCUGGUUAAAGAUACUGCGACCGAUAUCAAGGAGGACCCCGAGAUAUUCCGCAACAGGUUUUUGUCAUGUCUGCGUGAAUGCUCUGUUGAUUCCAUAUACUCGCCUCCCCUUAAAAGGAAAAUAAUAGAUAAGAUUACAGGAGCGGCAUGGGAGGCGUUGAUGGGGCCUCCAUCGAUUGGCGCUGAGUACAUUCAUUUCUAGCAAAUGUAUGUUUGCGUCGAUUCUUUAGUUUUCUAGGGGUGUUCAGAUUUGUAGUUCCACGAUUUUAGUGUGCGCAUUCACCUAAUGAAUCGGAGAUUAACAUAUUGUACAGUAUAAGUGCUAUAGAUAAACUCGUAAAAUAUAGCUUACACACUAACCAAAUAAAGACCCAGUCUUUGAAUGGAUAGAUUUCACCCAAGAUUAAACAGAAA